AUGUACUCAGAUAAAAUUACCAUACAAAUAGAAUUUCAUAAUGAACAGUAUAAAUAUACUACUUAUUUCUGUUUAUUCACAUCAACAAUGUUGAAUAGAUUCAUAGUGAUUUUGGUAUUUGUAUUCGUAGGAAUUGUUACAUUUGAUAAUGUACAAGGUCAAAGAGAUCCACCAAGAACCAACAACACUAUUAGACACACUACAAAUAAUUAUGUAGGAAAGCUGUCUCACCACAACACAGUACCAGCAAAAACAACACCAACACCUAAAAAGUCUCAGCAUUCAACCACAACUGCAAGACAUCACAGUUGGCUGAAAACUACACUGUCUCACCACAACACAGUACCAGCAAAAACAACACCAACACCUAAAAAGUCUCAGCAUUCAACCACAACUGCAAGACAUCACAGUUGGCUGAAAACUACACUGUCUCACCACAACACAGUACCAGCAAAAACAACACCAACACCUAAAAAGUCUCAGCAUUCAACCACAACUGCAAGACAUCACAGUUGGCUGAAAACUACACUGUCUCACCACAACACAGUACCAGCAAAAACAACACCAACACCUAAAAAGUCUCAGCAUUCAACCACAACUGCAAGACAUCACAGUUGGCUGAAAACUACACUGUCUCACCACAACACAGUACCAGCAAAAACAACACCAACACCUAAAAAGUCUCAGCAUUCAACCACAACUGCAAGACAUCACAGUUGGCUGAAAACUACACUGUCUCACCACAACACAGUACCAGCAAAAACAACACCAACACCUAAAAAGUCUCAGCAUUCAACCACAACUGCAAGAUCUCAGCAUACAAACACAACUCCAAGCCAUACUGAUAAAACCGUACAAGAGAAUUUGAUUAGCUUAUUAUUUAGCUUGAUUAGUCAAAUAAAAACAAUUGAAUCCUCAGAAAACGAAAAUCUUUUAAAGCUUGCAACAAUGUUGCAGAGAAUAUUCGAACAACAAUCACAAGUAGAAAACAGAUCUCCAACGAAAACACCAGCUAAAAAGAUAUUUUAUUAAAGCAUUAUGACUUCAUGAUUCAACAUUUUUGUCUUCCAUAAUGCUAAGAAUUACUGAGUAAUAAUUUUUCAUAUUACCU